AUGUCUGUUCCAGAAGUCACCCCUGCAGAAGUGUACUACCCCAACGAGCCUGCUGCCCCUUCCGUGCAAACGGCUGAAAUCCCGGGCCCAAAGACCAAGAAAGCGCUCGAAGAGCUGGCUGAGGUAUUUGAUGCCAGAUGUGCUUAUUUUGUCGCCGAUUACGACAAGUCUGUUGGCAACUACAUUGCUGAUGUUGAUGGCAAUGUUUUCCUCGAUGUGUAUGCCCAGAUUGCGUCUAUUGCUCUUGGAUACAAUAACCCAGCUCUGAUUGAGGCUGCCAAAUCUGACAGAAUGAUCAGUGCUUUGGUCCAAAGACCAGCCCUUGGAAACUUCCCAUCUGCCGAGUUUGCAGAUAUUCUCAAGGACAUCCUUAAGGUUGCUCCAAAGGGCCAGACCAAACUCUGGUCAGGUCUUUCUGGUGCUGAUGCCAACGAGCUGGCCUUCAAGGCAGUUUUCAUGAACUACCAGGCUAAGAAGCGUGGUUACAACACUAGCUUCACCACUGAGGAAGAGACCUCUGUGAUGGAGAACGCCAUCCCUGGAUCACCAGAACUGGCAAUUAUGUCGUUCGAGCGUGCUUUCCACGGCCGUUUGUUUGCAACUGCUUCGGUAACCCGUUCGAAGCCAAUCCACAAAUUGGACAUGCCUUCCUUCCACUGGCCGAAGGCGGAGUUUCCCUCUUACAAGUAUCCUCUUGAGGACAACGAGGCCGCUAAUAAGGCUGAGGACGAGCGUUGCUUGAAGAUAGUCGAGGAACUGUACAAGACGUGGCAUUGCCCGAUUGCGGGUCUUAUAGUUGAGCCUAUCCAGUCCGAAGGCGGUGAUAACCACGGUUCUACCGCGUUUUUCCAAGGCUUGCGUGACAUCACAUUGAAGUACAACAGUCUGCUAAUCAUGGAUGAAGUCCAGACUGGUGUUGCUGCCACUGGUGAGAUGUGGGCCCACGAGAGAUUCAACCUGUCUCCUCCUGCUGAUCUCGUGACUUUCUCCAAGAAGUUCCAAUCCGCUGGUUACUUCUACCACGACCCAGAAUUGACCCCAAAUCUGCCAUACCGUCAAUUUAACACUUGGUGUGGUGAUCCAACCAAGAUGAUCAUUGCUGGUGCAAUUGCCAAGGAGGUUGUUGAGAAGGAUCUCGCCAAGAAGAUCUCUGUGGUUGGUGAUUAUCUGUAUGCUGCACUCGCCGAGCUCAGCAAGAAAUAUCCCACCGAAAUCCUUAACUUGCGUGGCAAAGACCGUGCUUGUUUCAUUGCUUGGGACUCCCCUUCUCCUGCUGCCAGGAACGCUUUCUUGGUGAACAUGAAGAAGAAUGGUGUUAACAUUGGAGGAUGCGCUGAGACCGGAAUUCGUCUCCGUCCAACUUUGACCUUUGGCAAGAAACACGCCGAUAUUCUUAUUCAGGCUAUUGACAAGACUCUCGGCGAGAACUAA